GAAGUGGGGUUGGACAGGCUAUCCCCAGGGGUGGGGAAGCGGAGGCCCAGGAGGAGGGGGAAGAAAGAAGGCGGAGGAUCCUUGUUACUACUCUGAAUCCGACACGGAUUCUCUUAGACCUCAGAGAUCCAGAAAAAGGGGAGGGUGUCUCAUCCCUCUCCCUCCCGUCCUCCCUCUCCUCAGCCUUAGCCAUGGCCGAGGCAGGGGCUGGGCUGAGCGAGACCGUCACUGAGACAACGGUUACCGUGACAACCGAGCCCGAGAAUCGGAGCCUAACCAUCAAACUUCGGAAACGGAAACCAGAGAAAAAGGUGGAAUGGACGAGCGACACUGUGGACAACGAACACAUGGGGCGACGCUCAUCAAAAUGCUGCUGUAUUUAUGAGAAACCUCGGGCCUUUGGCGAGAGCUCCACAGAGAGUGAUGAAGAGGAAGAGGAGGGCUGUGGUCAUACACACUGUGUACGGGGCCACCGCAAAGGACGGAGUCAUGCAACCCCAGGACCCAUCCCCACCACCCCUCCCCAGCCUCCUGACCCCUCCCAGCCCCCUCCAGGGCCAAUGCAGCACUAAAUUCCUCUCUUCCACACCA